CCCAGCAAUUUGCCCUUUUGGCGACGGUUUCAAAGGGAAACAACAAAAUCGGCCAUUCCAACAAACAACUUUGAAAAACGUCUUUUUUUACUGGAGACAGACGAGUGUUCUCAUUUCUGCAAAUCCCUGACGAAGACGACGGGGCCUUCUCCCCGUCCGCCUGCUCCCCGACUCAGCCCACUCGUUACUGCGAUCACUCGUGCGAGCGCACCUAGGAGUGUAUCGUAUCCGGAAUUCGUUCCUUGCGCCAGCCUUUUGUCGAGUUUUCUUUCGGUCAGCUGCGCGGGACUGUCGGUCGCUACCGCAACGCCCCGUUGCCUGUGCGUGUGUCAUCGUCCCGGCCAGGAGGAUUAACGACAUUCUGCUGCCAUGGCAGACCAACACGAAGUCGAUCUCGACUCCAUAAUCGAUCGCCUCUUGGAGGUGCGGGGCAGCCGCCCGGGCAAGCAAGUCCAGCUACUCGAGGCUGAGAUUCGCUAUCUCUGCACCAAGGCCCGCGAGAUUUUCAUCUCCCAGCCCAUUUUGCUCGAGCUCGAAGCUCCUAUUAAGAUUUGCGGUGACAUCCAUGGGCAAUAUUACGACUUGCUCCGCCUCUUCGAAUACGGCGGCUUCCCGCCUGAGGCCAACUAUCUCUUCCUCGGCGACUACGUAGACCGCGGCAAGCAGUCGCUCGAGACCAUCUGUCUGCUCCUCGCGUACAAGAUCAAGUACCCGGAGAACUUCUUCAUCCUGCGCGGCAACCACGAGUGUGCGUCCAUCAACCGCAUCUACGGCUUCUACGACGAGUGCAAGCGUCGCUACAACAUCAAGCUGUGGAAGACGUUCACCGACUGCUUCAACUGCUUGCCCAUUGCCGCCAUCAUUGACGAGAAGAUCUUCACCAUGCACGGCGGUCUCAGCCCCGACUUGAACUCGAUGGAGCAGAUCCGCCGUGUCAUGCGGCCGACAGAUAUUCCGGACUGCGGCCUCCUGUGCGACCUCCUCUGGUCGGAUCCAGACAAGGACAUUACCGGCUGGUCCGAGAACGACCGCGGUGUUUCGUUCACCUUCGGUCCAGAUGUCGUCUCCCGGUUCCUGCAAAAACACGACAUGGACCUGAUCUGCCGAGCCCACCAGGUCGUGGAGGACGGCUACGAGUUCUUCUCGAAGCGUCAGCUCGUCACCCUGUUCAGCGCGCCCAACUAUUGCGGCGAGUUCGACAACGCCGGUGCCAUGAUGAGCGUGGAUGAAAGCUUGCUCUGCUCCUUCCAGAUCCUCAAGCCGGCGGAGAAGAAACAAAAGUAUGUCCACGGCCUCGGGGGCGGUAGCCGACCCACCACUCCCAGGAAGUCGUCCAAGUCCUAAAUAUGGGUUUAUGCGAACUCUUCCCUCUUCUGUUUAGGUUCGGCCGCGGUCGAUAAACUCGCUCCCGUCAACGUCAACUCAAUAGCCAAUCGGAUCCGCCUCAAUCUCGUCAGUCCAUCCACUGCGUCCACGUUUUUUGAUCGCCAAGGGGUCGCAGCCUCGUCAUCCUGUUUUUUUCAACCUCCACCGCCUCACGCCGAGCCUUGGCCGCCAUUGCCCGGCGUCAGCCUCUCCGUCGUCGCCACCCGAGCGAAGCCAUAUUUGUCCAGUAAUGUCGCGAACGGAAAAGCUGUGGGGCAAAGGAGAUUUCUUACUGGAAGGGAACGAAUAACGACUUUCCACGUUUGUGACUCGCCGCGGAGGCCGCA